AUCAAUAAAAGGCAAUGGCAAGCAGCACUCCAAUACAAAUCACAGCUUAGAAGCAAACAGGUAAAAACACCAGUUUGGAGGUAGCCAACGAAAGAUAUUACAUAUAGAUAUAUAUAACAUCUUUAUUGAAGAGAAGCGAUUUUAAGCAGUCAUACUGGAACUUUCACUUUAUUUUUAACCUACCUUGGAUACAUUGCGAAUACAUUCAUUGACUUACACUUUAUUGAAGAUGGCGAAUUUAUCUUCGAAUCCAUUUGUUCUGGCGAUAUCAAGAGUUUACCUUGCUCUAACACUGCUGGGCCGCUCAUACACAACGUUAGGAGCCCCAACGAGAGCACCAUUGGAGUACAUUGAAACACCAGCAAAUUCACUAUUGCAACUCCACGAGUACCUAUCAGACGCCACAUCAGAGCUGGCUAAGCACUCAAGAAAUGUUUAUAAUGGCUUUAGGAGGCAGAGAUUUGGUACCGAUGCAGACAUCAACCCCCGUACAUUCGUUCUUGGCGGACUCCCAACUAUCCAGGAUCUUGAAGAGACAAGAACAAGGCAAGGACUUACAGAAGAAGACCUCCUUGAAACACACAGAGCAAAUCUUGGGAUAUACUACCAGGCCAUGGAUUACCUCAUCUCAGACGAAGCCUUGUACAUUGGUGCAGAUGAUUUCCUUCACAUUGAUGGCGAUAGCUCAACAUUCUAUCACAUUCGAGACCACAUCGAAGUGACGUUAAACAGACUCAAUGCCAUUAUCGUUCGGGAGGGUUUCAGAGGAGAAAACAGAACACCUGUCCAGAGCACGCUAACAUUCCAUACAGAGCUCAAUGAAAACUUCAGGAACGUAAGAGAUCUAUGUGUGCUAUUUGAAAUUUUCAAAUACACCAAUGACGUUUUAUACGCCGAUGUUAAACUACAUGAAAGUCAACAUAGAGCAGAAGUCGCGUCCGAGCUUGUUCACAGAUCAGAACUUACGUCUGGGAGACGGGCCGAGAGGUAAAACUAGGCCCCGGAUUUAUUUAUUUAUAUAUAUUCAUUGAAAUAGUAUUUAAAAAUAAUUUAUCAAACAAACUUUCACAAUUUUAAAGUGUCCUCGCCUUCACGGCUCUUUCUAUUUAUCGGUUUUCCACGUCGAAGGUAUUCUGUGGGCCAACUGUUGUGAAACUGUUUUCAGAGUUUUGUAUGGUGUAUUCACCAGAGUAUACGUUAUUGUUUGCUCAUGUUUCAAGGAAAAUGUGAAAAUGCUAAAGACUAAAGGUGCUAAGUAGAACGAUUAUAGUACAAAUCUGUGCGAUAUUUAGGUUAAUGUUGUACUUCAAUAGCUUAAAGUAAAAAAAAACGGGAUCAAAUUUCAUAUGUAGCAUCUUUUGUGGGUAGGUUUAGCCGUUAAGACUUUCUGAAGCACAAACGCUCUCGUACGAGAGUCAUCCUUUCGUAGAUCGUAGAGGGAGUAUUGCAAUAAUAUAUGCGGUGUGCUGAUAAUUUCGGGACAAUGCCAUGUGGUAUGUCGCUACUUCGACUGUUCGCGUUUAAACUAUUCAAAGAAAGAAAGCAUCCCAAUUUCAUAGGAUUUUAAUAGAAUGUAUGAACAUUGUGUAUUGUAGACAUAGUUUGGUAUUCAAUAUGACACCUUGAUUUUAUUUAUUUGUAUUGAUAUCAAUUAUGUACGUUAUUUAUUAAACACCGCUUUUUUUCUUAAAACAUUAGCAAUUAUACAACUCAAGAAAAUGAUAAGUGGACUAAAAUGUAGCGGAUGAAAAGGGGAGGGGGGGGGGUUAUGGAAAGCUGUCACCUGUUGUAACUUCUCGUGUUAUGAUAAUUUUUAACAAUGUUAAUGGAGCUAUCGUCGCAUCUUGCCUUUAAACAUUUUUUUAGUUCGCUCUUAUGACAGGAUUCUCAUUGUAAAAUACCAAAGAAAUUCUUAAAUAGUAUUCAUAGGAAGUAAACUGUAACGAGAGGGAGCUGAUUUAAAUUCAACAUCGUAUGAUUUGCUUUUAGUUUUCGUUAUAGUUCUAGUUAUGGAUUUCAAAUUGAAUUCGAAGUGAAAUCAUUGUAUUGUUUCAUUUCAGGAAAGACAUUUUGUGUACCAUAUUGCAUUGAUGUGUAUUUCUACUCGAGGCCUUGUUAAACUCUUCAACAAGCCCUUGAAAUUGGACAGACGUUAUAUUUCAUGUGUGAGAAAGCGGGCGGGCCCGCGAUAAAUCUAUCUCUUAUUCUAUUUUUUUCAUGUCUAUCGAAAUGUGGUUCCAAUCAAGACGUUUUAUUUUAGAAAAGAGCGCAUCAUUAACGGAUAUACCUAGUGACUGCUGUUAAUACAUGAUCUGUAUAUUCAUAUAAUUUUCUAAUUUAUCUAUGCACUUUCCAAAUAGUGCCCUAGUAUAUAUCAAAAAACAUGAAAAGUUAUAUUUGUGUGGAUUUACUUCAAAAAGGGCAGGUGAUAUUGCCGAUUGAAAUGAUUAAGGGUGGGGCAUUUUUUUUGCAAUUAAAAAAAAACCAGGUUGGAUUAGGUCUUGAUAAUGAAUUUUAAUUAAUUUUUGGAUGAAAUAAAAUAGCUUGAUUAGAUUCUGCUGUAGAUAUACUAGUGUGAUCCAGUGACAAAAGGAUUGAUUGCACGUCCAUGGUUCUUUCAGAAAACCCACUUUUCAAGCAAUGUUUCAGCUAGUAUUCAAUAAUGUUUUCAUGAAACAAAGUAUUCGGUUUGCGAGUGAGGUUAUUCGGAACAAAACAACGAUGAUCAAACAUGAUUGAACGAAUCAAUAUUUUAGGUUAAUAUUAUGUAGUACCGUUACAGAUUUUCCCCUCAGAAUCUAAAAGUUAUAUUCUUGAAAAGUUAAAAAUAAUUGUUUUUACAUUGCGAUAGAUAUCUAAAGCCUGUACAAUUCAGUUUUACUUCAUGAUGUGCCACUUUACGCUAAUCAAAUCUCAUUUCUGUCAAUUGUACAACAAAUUGUAUGUUCAUGUGUGUGGGUGUGUGAGGACCUGUGAGUUCUGUGUGUGUGGGUGUGUGCUCUUGAGAUGAAACUGUAGUCUGUACACAGUGGUAUGUUUUAUAAACAAAAGAAAAUAUAUGACUAUUCUAUAUUUUAUAUUUAUGACGAUAAGUUUACAAUGUGACUUAAAUUUGAGCGAUUUAUUUUGUAUCAUAUUGUCAACAAUAUGAAGUGAUUGUAAAAGCAUUGUGUGUGUCGUCUCAUGGAUUUUAUACUUGUACAAAAUGCGUAUUUCAUAAAAUGCGAACUGUUUUUUGAAUGUUUCUGUCGAAUAUAAUUUAUUAUGUUAGUACUGUAAGAGUAAUACUGAAGGGAUGGAUGUCUCAAGAUAUUAUUUAUGAAUCUAUGAUCAACAAAAGUACUAUUUAUUGCUAAGUUAUUUUGACAUUCCAUUGUGAUGUCUAUAUUCGAGAAGAGAGGAGGAAACGAUUUCGUCAACGUUCUCAUGUGGAUGUUUGAUGGAGAUAUUGUUCCAAAAUGAAUAAAUAAUGGUAUACAAGUUAUGCUUGUA